GUGACUUGGAAGGCAUUUGUCAGAGUCUUUGGUUAUUAACAGAAGGUGUGAAAAUGGACUUAAUCCAAAGAUUAAGAGUAUAUUCAAAUGAAAUAACUUUGAGAGAAGGAAAUUCAGAAUUACCAGAUGUCAGAGAAAAUGAUAGGUUUGUUGAAGAGAUUGAUUCAAAUUUGGACCUGGUAAAUCAAGAUAACAUGGACUCGGAUGUAGAAGAAAAUAAUGAGAUUCAAACCUUGAGAGAACAUGUAUAA